AUGGUAAAGGAGACUAAGUUCUACGAUGCUCUGGGCGUCUCGCCAGAUGCCUCUGUGGAAGACAUCAAGCGAGCGUACCGGAGACUCGCUCUCAAAUACCACCCUGACAAGAACAAGGACCCUGGCUCACAGGAAAAAUUUAAGGAAGUUUCCGUGGCCUAUGAGUGUCUUUCUGACCCCGAAAAGCGCAGCCGGUACGAUCAGUUUGGUGAGAAGGGUGUCGACAUGGAGGGCGGCGGUUUUGAUCCUACGGACAUCUUUGCAAGCUUCUUUGGUGGAAGUCGCGCUCGUGGGGAGCCGAAGCCGAAGGACAUUGUUCAUGAGCUGAGUGUGCCACUGGAAUCUUUCUACACCGGAAAGACGGUGAAGUUGGCCAUCACACGCGAUCGCUUGUGCUCCACUUGCGGAGGCUCCGGCUCCAAAGUGCCAAAUGUCAGCGCCACGUGCAAGGAUUGCAGCGGACGUGGUGUGAAGCUUAUUACGCGUCCGAUUGGCCCUGGUUUCAUUCAGCAGAUGCAGGUUGCGUGCCCCAAGUGCCAGGGUAAGGGUACAUAUAUAAAGGAGGAGGAUAAGUGCGGUGUUUGCAAGGGACAGCAGAUUUCGAAGGACAAAAAGCUUUUUGAGAUCGCUAUCGAGAAGGGAAUGCAUCGCGGUGAUAACGUGACGUUCAGGGGCGAGGGCGACCAGAUUCCAGGUGUCAGGCUUUCGGGUGAUAUUAUUAUUAUUUUUGACGAGAAGCCUCACUCUGUGUUCACACGAAAAGGUGAUCAUCUCCUCAUGGAACACACCAUAUCGCUGGCCGAGGCGCUCACUGGAUUCACGUUGAACAUCAAGCACCUUGACGGCCGUGAAGUCUCCAUCACCUCCACUGGUGUUGUCGAUCCUUCCAAGCUGUGGUGUGUGAACAGGGAGGGUAUGCCAGUUCCAAACACUGGAGGAGUUGAGCGGGGUGACCUUGUCGUGAAGUUCCAUGUGGUAUAUCCAACUUCAGGGGUCCUGAACCCUGACGGCAUCACGAAACUGCGAAAUGUCCUGGGAUAUCCUGCGCAGCCGAAGCCUUCCGACGAAGCUGUAUUGUGCCAUUUGACGGAAACAGCCAUCGAUCUUGACAAGGAGUCCAAGCGCCGUCGGCAGACAAGUGGGGACUACGACGAUGAUGCACCUCAGGGGCAUGGAGGUGCAACUUGCACCCAACAGUAG